UAGCCAGAAUGGGCUUUAAUGCAUCUUCAUUGCUACAGAAAAGCAAGCUGGGUUUUCUCAAUGUCACCAGUUACUGCCGUUUAGCUCAUGAGCUGCGAGUGAGCUGCAUGCAGAGGAAAAAGGUCCAGAUUCAGAGCUCGGAUCCCUCCGCUUUGGCAAGCGACCGAUUUAACCUCAUACUGGCAGAUACCAACAGUGACCGGCUCUUCACAGUGAAUGAUGUCAAAGUCGGAGGCUCCAAGUAUGGCAUCAUCAGCCUACGAGGUCUGAAGGCCCCCUCACUCAAGGUGCAUAUGCACGAAAACCUUUACUUCACCAACCGGAAGGUAAACUCUGUGUGCUGGGCCUCGCUGAAUCACCUGGACUCCCACAUUCUGCUCUGCCUCAUGGGCAUCGCAGAGACUCCGGGCUGUGCCACCCUGCUCCCAGCGUCGCUGUUCGUCAGUAGUCAUCCAGGAGACCGGCCUGGCAUGCUCUGCAGUUUCCGGAUCCCUGGGGCCUGGUCCUGUGCGUGGUCCCUCAACAUUCAGGCGAAUAACUCCUUCAGCACAGGCUUGUCUCGGCGGGUCCUAGUGACCAACGUGGUGACGGGACACCGGCAGUCCUUUGGGACCAGCAGUGAUGUCUUGGCCCAGCAGUUUGCUCUCAUGGCUCCUUUGCUGUUUAAUGGCUGUCGUUCUGGGGAGAUCUUUGCCAUAGAUCUGCGUUGUCGAAAUCAGGGCAAGGGCUGGAAGGCCACCCGCCUUUUCCAUGACUCAGCAGUGACCUCUGUGCAAAUCCUCCAAGAAGAGCAAAACCUGAUGGCAUCCGACAUGGCAGGAACGAUCAAGUUGUGGGACCUGAGGACCACUAAGUGUAUAAGGCAGUACGAAGGUCAUGUGAACGAGUACGCCUACCUGCCCCUGCACGUGCAUGAGGAAGAAGGAAUUGUGGUAGCAGUGGGCCAGGACUGCUACACGAGAAUCUGGAGCUUCCAUGAUGCCUGCCUGCUCAGAACCAUACCCUCCCCACACCCCACCUCCAAGGCUGACAUCCCCAGUGUGGCCUUCUCUUCUCGGCUUGGGGGUUUCCGGGGAGCCCCAGGGCUGCUCAUGGCCGUCCAGCAGGACCUUUACUGUUUCUCCUACACCUAAUUCUACAGGAUGCAGCCUGGAGGGAUGUGGAUUUGACGUAAGGGAGGAAGGAGCAGCCAGACUUCUGCCACAAUUGCUGUUUCCGCUGAGGGCAUUUUAAAUGGAUGCUCUGUGUACACAGAUCCCAUCCAUCCAGCUGCCGGGAAGUAGGUGCUGUUUUAUGUGGAGACACUUCAGUAAAGUUCUUUCAGUUAAGUUGUGAGCUCAGAGAACUCAAAAGUCCUUUUCAUAAAAGGUACUUAUUUCCUUGUUAAAUUCCUUAGAAUAGUCUGUGGCCCCCCCUCCCUUUUUUUUUUUUUAAACUAGAAAUACUUUUCUAAGGGCUGAAGAUUGGCAGUAACUAAAUUAAAGCUGCUGCUUUCACCAAAAGCCCUCUUAAGAAGCCCAAUGAGGACAUUGGGUGAGGCUGUUCGUGCAGUCAGUGCCUGGGUCCCGGAAAGCUGUGCGCGUGGGCUGGAGAAAGUCAGCUGGGGAGACCGGGAAGGCGCGGGGGGAAGGGGGGUCAUUUCUCUGAGUCUCUAGAGAUGAAGACUGAAGGCUGGAUUUUGGAGUCAUUUUUAAAAAGGCUUCUCAAGACUUAUUCAGCAUCCAUAGCAGACCUCGCUUUCUCCUUUUACCACCAUUCAUAGGCAUUGGAAGGAAAGAUGGAUCUUUCUAGAUGCUAAAGGUUUUAAACAGGUCCUAGCGUGCCUUUGUUGAGGUGCCUUCCAGAACGUUAGGUAUAACAGCUCCUGUUUCUAUUACGGUGACUUGAAUGUCAGAUUUAAGGGCCCCAUCUCAAAGAAAAUUGGCUUUGACUUUUUGUAAUCUACAAGAAGCACUUUGUGAGAUGUUUAUACAGCGUUCAAGAACCUGUCUUUCUACCAAACAAUAAACUAGAAAGAACCAUG